AUGUUUUGUGAAUGCCCUACCUUAUAUAUAUUUUUUUCCUUAGACCAUGAAGCGGGUACGCACAGAGCAGAUUCAGUUGGCAGUAACUUGUUAUCUCAAACGCCGUCACUAUAUAGAUAUAGAAGGAUCCCUAAAGCAAGGACUAUGCGGCUUUGUCAGACUGCAGAGGAGAUGGCAGCUAAUCUUACUGUACAAGCAGAAUCAAGCUGUGCCAAUGCAGUGUCUUCAGCACCCUGCCAGGUUGACCCACAACAAUAUGAAUUGCAGUUUGCACGACUUCGAAAUUUCCUUUCAGAAGAAAAUUGUCCUUAUAGUCAAGAUGUGACAUCUCUACUAUAUCCUCUAUUUGUCUACCUCCACCUGGACAUGGUCCAAAAUAGCCUUAAAAGCAUGGUGGAUAGCUUCUACAGUCGCUUUCAUGGCAUGUUCCUUCAUCAUCCAGCACAGAAAGAUAUAAUUGAACAACUUCAGACUACCAUGACCAUGCAGGAUAUUCACUCAAACUUCAAACUGCGAGCAUUUCUAGAUAACAAGUAUGUGGUCCGCCUGCAAGAAGACAGCUACAACUACCUUCUGCGCUACCUUCAAAGUGAUAACAAUAGUGUCCUUCUCAAGGCCCUCACUCUGCACAUUCAACUGGACGUUCAACCUGUCAGACUCACAGAGUACCAGUUGUAUACAAGUGAUACAUUUUCUUCAAGAGGAGAGAGCAACAGCCUUGAUACACAGGAUGUUCCAGCCCCUAUUCUGCAAAAUGAAGCAGCUCUUGAACAGCUGCAAGACUGCAUAAAGAAAGUCAAAGAUGGGCCACCUUCAUUGACAACUGUGUGUUUUUAUGCAUUCUACAACACUGAAAACUUGCUCAAUACAGCUGAGAUCUCUCCUAAUGGCAAACUUCUGGCUGCUGGAUUUGACAACUCUUCUGUGAAACUCUGGAGUCUGAGAUCAAAAAAAUUGAAAACACAACCACACACAGUCAAUGUUUCUCACAUACGACUGGCUUGUGAUAUCUUAGAAGAGGAGGGUGAAGAUGAAGAUCAGGCUGGUAGUGAAAUGAAGAUACUUAGAGGACACUGUGGGCCAGUUUACAGUACCCGUUUCCUUUCCAAUAGCUCUGGCCUUUUGUCAUGCUCUGAAGAUUCAUCCAUUCGCUUUUGGGACCUUAAAACCUACACAAACAGUGUCCUGUAUGAAGGCCAUGCAUAUCCAGUGUGGGAUUUAGAUGUUAGUGCCUGUAGCCUUUUUUUUGCAAGUGGUUCUCAUGAUCGCACAGCCAGAUUGUGGUCAUUUGAUAGGACAUUUCCUCUCAGAAUAUAUGCAGGCCAUUUAGCUGAUGUUGACUGCAUUAAAUUCCAUCCCAACUCCAAUUAUCUUGCCACAGGAUCUACUGAUAAGACAGUUCGAUUAUGGAGCAGUCAGCAAGGAAACUCUGUACGACUCUUCACAGGACACAGAGGGCCUGUGCUUGCCCUUGCUUUUUCCCCAAAUGGACGGUACUUAGCCUCAGCUGGGGAGGAUCAACGUCUUAAAUUAUGGGAUUUGGCAUCAGGGACUCUCUAUAAAGAGCUGAGAGGGCACACUGACAAUAUCAACAGCCUUGCAUUCAGUCCAGACAGCAGCUUAAUUGCUUCUACAUCUAUGGAUAACACUGUCCGCGUAUGGGAUAUUCGAAAUACUUAUUGCAAUGCCCCUUCUGAUGGUUCUUCUAGUGAACUAGUUGGUGUUUACACAGGGCAGACUAAUAAUGUUUUGAGUGUUCAAUUUAUGGCAUGUAAUCUACUUAUGGUUACUGGGACAGCACAAGAACAUCAGGAACAUUGA